ACUAGGGGGUGCCUAGGAUUAUAAUUCAAGCCAGCACACAGUCAUUGAAAGCCGGUGGAAUAACCCUGGGAAUACAGUUGUGGCCUCACUUUAACUAAAACCACGUUCUGGAGCUCUAUAUUGGGUGCUCUUUAUUUUACUUCUCGUUACCUGGGAGUGAGCCUGAAGCCUCCCACCCCCACUGGAAUUGCAUCUGUGGAGCACUUGGUCUGGUCUAUACUAUGUAGUCGUCGAUAGAGAUAUGGUGCGACGACAAAUAUCGGUGCGGUCGAAGCCGACUGCGCCGCGGACAGCACCUGUUGCUGAUAAGGGCUUAAUAUAUAUAAGUGCGCCGGCGGGGCGGCAGUUUCCCAGUCGAAGAAACCGCCGAAGCAGGUGACCCUCCCCCUGAAAACCAGAGAUCGUGGUAUUAUUUCGUAGCCAGAAAGGACAGCUGGAUAGAUGAAGCUGGACGACAAGCAGAAGCGACUGGGCCACGAGCCUCCCAAGUACCUCAACGAGGACUUCUUCAAGGCGGCGCUUGAAGACGGACUUCGAGACAUGCGGGUGGACAUCAAGAAGAUCAUCUUUUCCGAGUCGAGCGGUGGCGGCGGUGAGAACUACUGCAGCAAAAUCUAUAGGGCCAAGGCCCUCUACCGCAGCAGCAAGAGGCAGCUGGACGAGGAGCUGGCCCUGAUUGUCAAGAGUAUUGCCAUCACGCCGGCCACUCAGUUCCUCGAGGAGCUGGCCGUGUAUCUGCGCGAGAAGAUCUUCUACUUCGACGUCCUCGGCAAACUGGAGGUCUUGAUCGGCGACGGGUCCAAGUUCGGAGCCAAGUGCCUGUACACAACCCGCGAGCCCAUCCAAACGAUCGUCUUUGACGACCUCACCCAGUACGGCUACAAGCUGGCCAGCAGGCAGAGCGGGCUCAACGAGGAGCACUGCGUGGUCAUCCUCAAGAAGCUGGGAAAGUUCCAUGCCAGCUCAAUGGUGCUGGCCGAGAAGGAACCCAGUGUUCGCGAGCACUUCACCACCGGAAUGCUGGACGAGAACUACAUCAGAACCAACGAGCGAUUCAUCAACUUCAUGACCCUCCAGUGCCGGACUUUGGCCAACGUCGUCUCCAAGUGGGCCGGCUACGAGUUGCUGGCAGAGAAGCUGCACCACCACUGCGACAACAUCAAGGAGAACCUCGUGACCACCGGGCGGCCGUUGCCCGGAGAGAUCACUGUGCUGAAUCAUGGCGACCUGUGGGUGAACAACUUCAUGUAUAAAUACGACGACGAGCAGCCCACGAAGCCCAUCGAUGCCAUAUUCGUGGAUUUCCAAAACAGCUUCUUCGGCAGCCCAGGCUGCGACAUCAACUUCUUCCUAAACAGCAGCGUCCAACUGGACGUGCUGAUCCACCGGCGCGAGUUCCUCAUCCAGACGUACUACGCCUCCCUAAGGGACAGCCUGGAGCGGAUGCACUCGGCUUUUGUGCCCAGCUACGCGGAUAUUCAACAGGAGAUCCGGGCCAGAGAGCUGUACGGCUUCUUCUCGUCCUACGCCUUUCUGCCGAUGGUGACCAUGAAGAAGGAGGACUCAUACGACAUCAGCAUCGAGGCGCUGUCGGACCAGGACUUCGCCAAGAAGAAGGUUCAGCUGAUGUUCUCUUCCAAUCCCCGCACCACGGACACCUUGCGCUACACCCUGCGUCGCUUUGAUGAGCUGGGCAUAUUCGAUUGAUGGGUAGCGCAGGAUCGUGGGA